AUGGCAGUGCCGGGCGAGGCCGCCCAAGACCAGGCCAAGCAGGGCCUCGGAAGGGCGAGUCCCGCCCAGGUGUCCAGCUGGGACCACCACCGUCGGGGUGCGUCCCCUCCAUCUCUGUGGAGCCCGGAUUGCCGAGGUUGUUGGGGAGUCCAGGCGCUGCAACCACUCCGGCGCUCGCCGCAACUCUCCUCGGCGUUGUGCGCGGGCUCCCUGUCCGUGCUGCUGGCGCUGCUAGUGAGGCUGGUCAGCGGGGAGGUCGGAGGCAAGCUGGAGUCGAGUCAGGAGGCGGCGGCCGAGGAGGAGGAGGAGGAAGGAGCCCGAGGGGGCGUCUUCCCGGGCCCUCGGGGAGGUGCUCCCGGGGGCGGCGCGCAGCUCAGCCCUUGGCUGCAGCCGGCCGCGCUGCUCUUCAGUCUCCUGUGCGCCUUCUUCUGGAUGGGCUUGUGCCUGCUGCGCGCCGGGGUGCGCCUGCCUCUGGCCGUCGCGCUGUUGGUCGCCUGCUGUGCCGGGGAAGCGCUGGUGCAGCUCUCUCUGGGCGUGGGGGACGGUCGCCUGCUGUCACUGCCCGCCGCGGGGGUCCUGCUCAGCUGCCUGGGUGGCGCGACAUGGCUGGUGCUGAGACUGAGGCUGGGCGUCCUCAUGGUCGCCUUGACUAGCGCGCUCCGGACGGUGGCCCUGGUUUCCCUGGAGAGGUUCAAGGUCGCCUGGAGACCUUACCUGGCUUACUUGGCGGCCGUGUUGGGGUUGCUGCUGGCCAGGUACGCCGAGCAGAUCCUGCCGCAGUGCUCCGGGCCGGCUCCGCCCAGGGAGCGGUUUAGGUCCCAGCUGAGCGCGAGGACCAAGGAAGAGAUUCCGGGGUGGAAGAGGAGGAGGCGGUCCAGCUCCGUGGUGGCCGGCGAGAUGUCUGGCUGCAGCGGCAAGUCGCACCGGAGGACCUCCCUGCCCUGCAUACCCAGGGAGCAGCUUAUGGGUCAUUCAGAAUGGGACCACAAAAGAGGGCCACGAGGAUCCCAGUCAGGAACCAGCAUCACCGUGGAUAUUGCCGUGAUGGGCGAGGCCCAUGGCCUCAUUACAGACCUCCUUGCAGACCCUUCCCUGCCUCCGAAUGUGUGCACAUCCCUGAGGGCCGUAAGCAACCUGCUCAGCACCCAGCUCACCUUCCAAGCCAUCCACAAGCCCAGAGUGAACCCCACUGUAACUUUCAACGAGAAUGUCUGCUCUGAUUCUGAGGAGGGCUUGGAGAAAGACAAACUGGCUAUUCCCAAGCGCCUGAGAAGAAGUUUGCCCCCAGGCUUGCUGAGAAGAGUCUCGUCGACUUGGACAACCACCACCUCUGCCACGGGUCUGCCCACCUUGGAGCCUGCACCAGUGCGGAGGGACCGAAGUGCCAGCAUAAAGCCGCAUGAAGCACCUGUGCCCAGUGCUCUGAAUCCCGACUCUUGGAAUGCCCCAGUGUCGACGACUCUCACCAAGAGCAGAUCCUUCACUUCAUCUUAUGCCAUCUCUGCAGCUAACCAUGUAAAAGCUAAAAAACAAAACAGGCCAGGUAGCCUUGCUGAAAUUUCACCUGUACCCUCACCCUCGUCCUCGCCUCCUCAAGGGUCACCUGCCCGGAGUCCCGUUGGCAACGUCACUUCAGCACAGUUUCCAGAAUCCCCUGAAAUAACUGCCAAGCGGGGCCCUGGAUCUCACAGGGCCUUAACUUACACCCAAAGUGCCCCUGACCUGUCCCCUCAGAUCCUGCCUCCACCUGUCGUAUGUAGCAGCUGUGGCAGACCUUAUUCACAAGGGAAUCCUCCUGAUGGACCCUCAGAGAGAAGUGGCCCAGCCAUUCAGAAACCAAACAGAGCAGAUGAUACUUCCCAAGUUACCUCUGACUAUGAGACCAAUAACAACAGUGACAGCAGUGACAUUUUGCAAAAUGAAGAGGAGGUCGAAUGCCAGAGAGAGCCACCGAGGAAAGCAUCGGCUUGUGGCACCUAUACUUCCCAGACCAUGAUCUUUCUGGACAAACCAAUUCUUGCUCCUGAACCCCUAGUCAUGGAUAACCUGGACUCAAUUAUGGAUCAGUUAAACACCUGGAAUUUUCCAAUUUUUGAUUUAGUGGAAAAUAUAGGAAGAAAAUGUGGCCGUAUUCUGAGCCAGGUAUCAUACAGACUGUUUGAAGACAUGGGCCUCUUUGAGGCCUUUAAAAUCCCGGUUAGGGAAUUUAUGAAUUACUUUCAUGCUUUGGAGAUCGGAUACAGGGACAUACCUUAUCAUAAUAGAAUCCAUGCCACUGAUGUUUUGCACGCUGUGUGGUAUCUCACAACGCAGCCCAUUCCUGGCCUCCCAAGCGUGAUUAGUGAUCACGGAUCAGCAAGCGACUCGGAUUCUGACAGUGGAUUUACACACGGACACAUGGGAUAUGUGUUUUCAAAAAUGUAUCAUGUGUCAGAUGACAAAUAUGGAUGUCUGUCUGGGAAUAUCCCAGCCUUAGAGUUGAUGGCCUUGUAUGUCGCCGCAGCCAUGCAUGACUACGAUCAUCCAGGGAGGACAAAUGCUUUCCUGGUUGCCACUAGUGCUCCUCAGGCGGUGCUGUACAAUGACCGUUCAGUUCUGGAAAACCAUCAUGCAGCUGCAGCGUGGAAUCUCUUCAUGUCCCGGCCAGAGUAUAAUUUCCUAGGUAACCUGGACCAUGUGGAAUUUAAGCAUUUCCGGUUCCUAGUCAUUGAAGCAAUUUUGGCUACUGACCUGAAGAAACACUUUGACUUUGUAGCCAAAUUUAAUGCCAAGGUGAACGACGAUGUUGGGAUAGAUUGGACCAAUGAAAAUGAUCGUCUCCUGGUGUGUCAAAUGUGUAUAAAGUUGGCAGACAUUAAUGGGCCUGCUAAAUGUAAAGAACUCCACCUGAAGUGGACGGAGGGCAUCGCCAGUGAGUUUUAUGAGCAGGGUGAUGAAGAAGCCAGCCUCGGUUUGCCCAUAAGUCCCUUUAUGGACCGCUCUGCCCCGCAGCUGGCCAACCUUCAAGAAUCUUUUAUCUCACACAUUGUGGGUCCUCUAUGCCACUCGUAUGACUCUGCGGGUCUCAUGCCAGGAAAAUGGGUGGAUGACAGUGAUGAUUCAGGAGACACUGAUGACCCAGAAGAAGAGGAGGAAGAAGCUGAAACACCAAAUGAGGAAGAAACCUGUGAAAAUAAUACAGCUCCCAGAAAGAAAACUUGCAAAAGGAGGAAAAUCUACUGCCAAAUAACUCAGCACCUCCUGCAGAACCACAUGAUGUGGAAGAAAGUGAUUGAAGAGGAACAGGGCUUAGCAGGCCUGGAGAACAAGUCCCUGGACUCAGCCCCUUUGCAGCAUCCCUCAGAGCAGAUCCAGGCUAUCAAGGAGGAAGAGGAAGAGAAAGGGAAGCCAAGAAUUGAGGAGAGCCCUGCUCCACAGCCAGACCUGUGACCAUGGGUAGAGCGAGCCAUGCUUGCAUACAGAAUUACUUGUCCCGGACACUUUCCAAGCCAGCACAACACUUAGACACAACACUGUAGAAUACCAGAAGGUGGGCAAAUGGCUACAGCAUUUGGGGAAUUCUUCACAUUUUUGUGUGUUUCCUUUUACAGUAAGGGAUGAUGCUGAAGGCUAGCUUUCACUUUGCGACACCAGUGACUAAGGAUCGUUUUAUCAAAGAGAAAUAUAUGUGUGUGUAUAGAUUCCCACAUAGGCUCAUGUAAGACUUAUAGUCACGUGUAACACAUGCACACUGAUAGCCAGGAUGCCUGACUCCACAAGGUAGCAACAGUCAUAUUAAGAUAUAUAGAGGUCACUGUGACAUAGACAUCUUAAAGGAUGAAAACCCAAGAGGAAAUUGCAGCUUAGCAAGAAAACAAACGUAGGCUCAAGACUGACCAGCUUUUGUUCUCCCUACUGAAGGGACGAACGUUCUAGAACAUUGUUGGGAUUCUAAUGCGUCCUGCCAACUGUGUGUGUAAGGGUGUGUGUGUGUGUGUGUGUGUGUGUGGAGAGAGAGAGAGAGAGAGAGAAAGAGAGAGAGAUGUUUGUAUACGUGUGUGUGUGUGUCUGUGUGUGUGUAUGUAAAGGGAGAUGUUUGUGGUUUUAGUUGUUCAUAGACUAGCUGUAGCAGGUGAUGAAGUACAUGUGAACAUACAGAAGGAAGUCCUUUCUGGAGUGUCUUUUAUUGGCAGCCUUCCUCCAUUUAGCUUCUCCGAAGGUUCUUUUGGGAGGGAGGGCUUGUGUGGGCCACAUGAUAGGUACUACUACUACUUGCCACACGGAGGCGCCCUACCAUCAGCCUCACACUCCAAGGACUGAGGCUUUCUGGUCUACUUGCCUAAUGAAUGUAUAAGGUGUGUGUGUGUGAGUACACAUGUCACUCACCUAUGAUCAAAUCACCAUGGGAGGAAAUACCGUUCUUUACUGGUGGGCACCCAAGAGGAGCUGGAGUCAGUUUUAAAAGGGUGCUGGGAAAGGCUCGGGAAGUUACCGUUAGUGAUGAUACCCUGUGUCUUCUCAAUUUGCUGCAAGACGUGUUGUGGUAAAAAAGGCAGUCAACAAACUCAUCGUGGGAUUUACAAGAGAUGAAGGUGAAAUGCCAACUUAGGGCAUUGAAGUUGGCCUCAGGAAAGCUGACCCUUGGCAACUGUUGCACGUUGUUUGCUCUGACAUCCCUUGUUGUGGUCUUCCAUACACCGUGUGAUGCCACAGCAUGGCCUUGCAGUCUGGUCCAUGGUCAUGCUCCUUUUGGAGAGGAAGAUUAUAGGUUGUUGAUUAUUGUUUGUGGCCAGACCAUUGUAAGCUGUUUGGGUUGUUUUGUUUUCUACACUUGUUUAUGCUGUGAGCCAAACCUCUAUUUAAAAAGUUGAUACUCACUUUCAAUAUUUUAUUAGAUAUUAUUACAUAUGUCAUGACUAGUUACCAUGAUGUAAAUAUAAAGGUUUUUUUGUUGUUGUUGUUGUUUCUGUAGAUAGUAAACUUUUUUUAAGAAAGAGGGGGAAAAGGGAAACAUUUUGUAGUUAUAUUUUAAUCACCAUUUUAUACAUUGUAACGGUCUCCAAGCCCAGUAGUCAGGUGAUGGUUCACUGUGGAGUCUGAGGGCCACCUGCCAUCCCUGCUCUAGUUUGAGUCAUGAUCUGAUACAGUUGUUUUGCUGUUAAAAUUACAGCAUUGCAAAGACAACAGCUUUUGCUGACUGACUUAAUUUGAUGUCUUUCCCUCCCUGAUGAAAACCUUUCUUAACCAACUUGUUAACAUUUCUCUCUGGAUUCUAUUGUUUGUAGCUCCUGGUUCAGUUCUGUGUUCACAGGAUUCUAGUCAACCUACCCUCAAAGCUUGUGUAUUGAUUUCUGCCCUUUCACAUUCUUGAUUGUUUACAUUAAAAACCUCUUUGUCUCCCAUAUAUGGGUAGUGUACCCUUCCCUUCAAAAUUAUAAUCUUAUGGUAAUUCAUAGCAUUUUUUUCAAGAGAGACAAAGAUGAAAUCAAAUAUUUCAAUGCAUAUUUUCUACUUAAUAUAUUAAUGCAAGGAGGAUCAAAAAGAUUAAGGCUUCAUCCACACAAUUAGAAUGUUUCAUUAUAUUUCUGAGUUAACAGCAGGUCUUCAGCAUUUAGCAAGCCCUGAAUCAUUUCUUCCUUCUUCAUGGUGUCCAUGCGUCUCUGUUUAUAAAUCUAUUCUGAAACAAGAACCCUCCUUUGGUAAAGGUACCCUUCUGCUGCAACAGAAAUGAUAGACAAAGCUCUUCGCUGCAUGCCCUUCACAUCUGCCCGUGCUCAUUCCCAUCUCCAAAUACCUGUAUCACACACAUAAAUAGUCAAACAAGCUAUGUAUGGAGUAAGUGGAUCAGCAGGUCUGUUGGGAGUAUUUUUAUUGGCAGUUUGAAUAAAGCCACAGAAUCAGAGUAGGAGCCCUGCUGGUUAUAUGGGGGGAGAGGGUUCUCAGAAAACUGCCUAAUUUGGCUUGUUUUAAGGUACAUGAAAUAACAGGAUCAUGACCAAAGCAAUUUGAAUCUAUUUGUUCCAGAAUUGUACUCAUUUCUCCAAGCAUAUUUAAGUUUUUCCUUAGCAAACAAACAAGUGUCAUUCUUCUCAAACCAAAAGGCAACAAACUGAAAAGGGUGGAGCCCCACCAAGCCUAUGACCUAGAGAUCCACCCUGAUAAAUCUCAAAGGCAAUUAAACAACAUCCAAAGUGUUUUUCAUGAAUGAUGCUGUCCACCUUCUUGGUGACAGCAAUAUUACUGUGUUCACCUCCAACUUCAGAGUUAACUUCCUGUGGUGCCAAUGUGUUUGAUGCAAUUUACUACAGUUUUAUAUGAGCCUAUACAGGUGCCAAACUGAUAAACUCAGGUCUCCCAGCGAAAGGAUUUCUACUCACUUAGGGAAAGGAUAGUUUCAUAGACAGCUAUAAUGCACCGGUGGUAGGAGAAAAUGGAACCAGUUGCUCUCUGUGGAGUAAAAGCAUAAACAUAUUCUGGGUGUUAUCCAUGUUAUUUUCAGCAUACUAAUAAAAUGUCUUUAUGGUGAUCGAUGCCAGCUGACCUUUCAAAUACUAUUUCCUUAGUAAAAUAACUGAAGAAAACAAUUGUUCUCAUUUAUGUAAGACCUGGUUUUGUUCUCAGUAGGAGAUGAACUCAGUCCUGAAUGUUCUCUAGUUGUCAUUACCUGGCAUUGAGGCAAUUGUCUCCUGUUGGAGAAAGCAUCAGCUUUCUACCCCUAUCAUGUCCUGUUCUGUCUGCUUGGGAUUGAGUCCAAAGCAGACAUUAGCUGUAGCAGCCCCAGUAACCCAAGGAGAAAAACUGAAUACCUUGCCGACUGUUUAGUAGAUGUCUAUAUUUGCAGUUUCCCCAUGCCCUCUGCCUUUCUUUCCCAGAGAACUUUCUUGAAGGUAAAAGCUGUGCAAAAGGCACGAGACUCAGGCCUAUUAUUUGUUUAAAUGAUGGAAAAGUAUAAGUUAUUUUCUAAAUAAUAAAAAUAUGAAAAUUAUUGUAAAUAAAGUCUAAAACUUGAAAUGAUUUCUUCAUAAAAGUGAAGUAUUUGUGUGGUGAACAACUCCUGAACAAUGGGAAAUGAAUAAUCCAGAAGUCCUGUCUAUUCUGCUUUGGCACCUGCUCUUGGUGCUUCCAUGAAGCAGGGGCCUCCAUUGUCCUCUCUUAGGGUAGCCAUUAGAAGCACAGGGAAAACCAUAAGGAAGGGCUUGUUAGCCUUCCCUCCUUCCUAAUCCUGAUCCCCAUUAGAUACCUCUCUUGAUUUUUGUGCCAUUAGCAAUUAAGCUGCCUUUUCAACUGGCUGACAACUACAGCCACAGACUAAGUCAAAAUUCUUUUUGACUUUCAGGUCCUAGUGUGUGUGCAGAAUGGGGCAACAACAAAAAUUUGUAUGUCAAUAGUUUGGCCCCAGAUAACUGAAAGACUCGAUAAUCAUGUGCUUUGAAACGGAAGUCAUUUUCUGCCAUUACCAUACCCCCUGAGCAAUGAAAUACUGCAUGAUCUCACACGAGGGAGUCAUGAUUAUAGAAUAAGAACACACUAAUAUACAUUAUGCGGCAUGGAUAUCAGUAAUCCAUGUUCCUACUUUAUACACUGCAUGUCCUGAAAUGGUGUUACUUUUACAUUACAUAAUACUUUUUUCCUUACCUAAGAGUUAGUCUUGGUCGUUACUCUAGUAAAUUACCUUAAGAACUGGUUAGAUUCAAUGACUAAGAUAUUUGACCUUCUGUGUGUGAGUACUUUAGACAUGUCUGCAGAUGCAAAAAUGAAGUAGGUAGGACUCAAUCUGCUGCUUCAAAGGGUAAUGUUGAUCCUUGAGUUUUUUUAAUGUCACAAAGACUACCAGUAUAUAUACUAUAUACUUUUGAGUUGGACUGAAGGCUCCACUUUUCUUAGUAUCAUGUGUUGGCAUUGUAGGUGUAUACCCCCCAAAGUGGCAUGGCACACAGGGGAAAGACAGCCUUCUCUUAUAGAUAAAUGUUCAGUAUGGCCAUGUUCACCCUAGACUCCUUGCUCUGUAUUAAGAAGUGGCUCUUAAUCAUUAAAACUAGCAAAAACUAAUAUUAAAUC